UCCCAUGUUGAACGUCCGUCUCGUUUCUCUCUGCCUCUCUCGUUUAUUAUUGCCCACUGCUCUUGCAUACAUUAAAAGGAAUAGCUAAAAUUAGAGGUUUCAGUUUCGCUUCUCCUUGUUCUUCUCUGACUCGGAUUAGUAGCUGUUGCUGAUUUGAUGGAGAGAGGUAUUGAAGGUUUUCAUAAUUCUUUGAAUUCGAGGAGCCUAUUGCAGAAUUAUCCUCCUAAGUAAAUGACAGGUUCAAUUACAAUUGGCGUAGCACCGCACACUAAAUCAAAUGAGAAGGAAUCAAUUUCAUUGGGCGAUGAGAUCAAUGACUCUCCAAUCGAGGAAGUGAGGCUAACAGUUCCCAUCACAGACGACGCAACAUUGCCAGUCUUAACUUUCCGAACAUGGGUGCUUGGUCCCACCACGUGCAUUCUCCUGGCUGUUCUUACAGCAAGGUUUGAAUGUCGUCAAAUUACGAUCAUACCCUCAGCGUCUUGUUUCACAAUGCUCUUCCUUCCAAUAGGAAAACUGAUGGCAGCAACACUUCCAACCAAACCUAUAAGAACUCUGUGGACAAGGUGGUCAGUUUCGAUGAAUCCAGGGUCUUUUAAUCUGAAAGAGCAUGUCUUGAUAUCAAUACUUGCUACCGCUGGACUGGAUAACCCUUUCUCUCUGCCGAUCGUGGUGAUAGCGAAGGCUUUCUAUCACAAGAACAUUAGCUUUUGGGUGUGUUUCUUGUUGGUACAAAGUACAAACGAGUCAGGUUAGAUGAUUGGUUAUGGAUUUGCUGGAUUGUUUAUCAACGUCUCUUACAGGAUGUUGCAUGAAGUUGAAGCAAGGCCUAAAGGACAUCUUACAAGAUUACAGUUUUUUAUGAUAGUCACAGCAGCAAGCUUUGCCUAUUAUAUCAUUCCCAACUAUUUCUUCCCAUCUAUAGCUGCCCUUUCAUUUAUUUGUUGGAUUCGGAAGGACUCGGUCACUUCCCAACAGAUUGGUUCUGGUCUUCACGGUCUUGGCAUUGGAUCCUUCUCCCUAGACUGGUCUACAAUAACUGGUUACCUAGGGAACCUAUUGGUGAUACCCAUGUUCGCA